AUGAUUGCGUUACAAAACCCGCCUAUCCUACCACCUCCUGCCAAAGUGGAUAUCUCACUGCUGUUGAAGCCCCAAGAUGAAGAGGAGGCAACCCCCAUGAGCACUACGUCAGCUUUCCCACCUGCUCCUGUGAUGCACCCGAUGCCCCCAGUGGCAUCGAUUGCACCACCACCACCACCGGUCGGACUGGCGACCCAACCAUCGGUGCCUUCGGCGUCCUCGGUGCCCCCGCUUACUGCCAAGGCGCCUGUUGCUGGAACAAAACGCCUGCAGCCAGCUCACACUGCGGAAUCGCCGGCGAAAAAGCAAUCCAAGUGGUCUCCAGAGGAGGACGCUCUGAUCAUCGAGCUGCGAGGCAGCGGCAUGAAGUGGGAGGAUAUCAGCAAACGACUACCCGGACGAAGUGCAAUCAGCUGCCGUCUUCAUUAUCAGAAUUACCUGGAGCGCCGGAGUGAAUGGGACGAGGACAAGAAAAACAAACUCGCUCGACUUUACGAGAGGUUCAAGGCGGAGAUGUGGUCGAAAGUGGCAGAGGAGAUGGCAAUUCCGUGGCGGGCUGCAGAAGCCAUGCAUUGGCAGUUGGGAGAGCAGGAGAUGGCCCGUCGAGCUGGCGUGGUCCCUUUCUCACUAUCCAGUUCAGCGAUCGAUCCACCUACAACCAGGACACGACGAGCCAGCACAUCUUUAGCCCGUCCUAGAAAAGGAUCAGCUUCACGAUCGUUACAUCCGCCUCCUCAGCUACCGUCCGUUCAAGAGCUCACCGCUGGAGUUCCCGCUGCUGGCAUCCCAGCAUUCGCCCCUCCGCUGCCCUUUCCACCUCCUCCCCAUCCUCCACGAGACGCCUACCGAAUAGCACGACCGCCGAUGGACCUAGGGGGGCAUCCUGGUCACUUGGGACCCAACCUCGGACUUCCUCCCCGGACGCUUCCUUAA